CUUUAUACAGUAUCCCCAGAACCAUGGCCGAAUACUCCUACUAUGUGAAGUCCACCAAACUCGUGCUCAAGGGAACCAAGGCUAAGAGUAAGAAGAAAAAGAGCAGAGAGAAGAGAAAAAGAGAAGAAGAUGAAGAAACUCAGCUUGAUAUUGUUGGAAUCUGGUGGACAGUAACAAACUUUGGUGAAAUUUCAGGAACCAUAGCAAUUGAAAUGGAUAAAGGAAACUAUAUACACGCACUUGACAAUAGACUUUUUACACUGGGAGCUCCACAUAAAGAAGUUGAUGAGGGUCCUAGUCCUCCAGAGCAGUUUACAGCUGUCAAAUUGUCUGAUUCCAGAAUUGCCCUGAAAUCUGGCUAUGGAAAAUACCUUGGUAUUAAUUCACAUGGACUUGUUGUGGGGCAUUCGGAUGCAAUUGGACCAAGAAAACAGUGGGAACCAGUCUUUCAAGAUGGGAAAAUGGCCCUAUUGGCCUCAAAUAGCUGUUUUGUUAGAUGCAACGAAGCAGGCAAUAUAGAAUCGAAAAGUAAAACAGCAGGAGAAGAAGAAAUGAUAAAGAUUAGAUCCUGUGCUGAAAGAGAAACUAAGAAAAAAGAUGAUAUGCCAGAAGAAGACAAAGGAAAUGUUAAACAGUGUGAAAUCAAUUAUGUAAAGAAAUUUCAGAGCUUCCAAGACCACAAACUUAAAAUAAGUAAAGAAGACAGUAAAAUUCUCAAAAAGGCCUGGAAGGAUGGAUUUUUGCAUGAAACACUUCUGGACAGGAGAGCCAAAUUGAAGGCUGAUAGAUACUGCAAAUGACCAGAAUUUUUGUUUCUGUCUCCUCCUAUUGUUUUUUUCUGAAUAAAAUAAUCAAUGGAAAAAAA